AUGCUUCGACGUGUUCAAGAACUUCUCGCUCGGAAGUCUCCCCGAUGGGAGGUGGAGGACGCGAAUGAACCAGUGAACUGGCCCAACUUGCCAGUGGAAAUGAAGAGGGAGAUCGUGAAGUACACCGAUUUUCUGACCAAGUAAGCGGACUGCGAGUAGCUGAACACACGUCGAGGGUUUCAGAAACCGGUUGCGUGUCUGUUCGACACACGAUCAGAAGAUUGUCGAUUCGCUUCCACAGAAGAUACCUUUUCUGAGGGUGACCAGUGAUAAGAAUCACGCGUCUCUGACUGUAGUCGAGAGUAAAUCACAAGUUCUAAGGGUUGAUGUGACCAGAAAACGUGUUCGACUGAGGGUCAAAAAUGUUAUUUCGAUGUGAGUUGUGUGCUUUUGCGAUGCUCGCUCACACAGUCCUUCUCAGAAGCGAUAACAUUCAAGGCGCUAACGGAAAAGAAAUUCAUUCGGUCUACGAGAUGGAUGAUAUAAUCCGCGGCUUCAUCAGAGCCAUUUCACACAAACACAUCAAAAUUGAAACUUUGAAUCUCAGUCUGAUCAUUCCGAAUCAGGUACUAACGUUCUUCGGAGGAAAGACAAAUGGCAUUCCGUUUUUCAGGCCAUUUGGGACUAUCUCAGCCAGAAUUAUCGAGAGCAAAACGAAGCGAAUCGCACUAAAAUUCUGUUCAGUGGGCUUGAAUUUUUGAACUCGCAAGUUCAGUUUUUAAAAUCGACCUGGCGAGAGUGACGACGAGCUUCAUGAAGGGAAUCGAGAGUGAUUUGAAGUUGUUCGCCGGAAAGAAGUUCGAGGAUCUCGAUCCACACACAUACCGAGACCUCCGUGAGUUUACACUGAAAUCGUGAACCUUUCAAAACUAAAUCACUUUUCAGCAACCGAGUUCAUAAAGAAAACAGCAAUGAGGUGUCAAUUGGGAGCGCUUUUGGCGGUUGGUAGCGCACUGAAUACCUUUGCGAAUUAAAUGAUUUCAGGGAAUUUUGUGGAACAGGGAAUCGCAGAUGGAUUAUUAUUGGAUUCCGCACAUGGAAGAGCAGAAUCCGGAGCAACUCGCCCAUCGUUUCAGUGGCCGAAUCGACUAUUAUCCGGGCGUGCACGUCAUCCGCAUUCCGGCGCCCAAUCUUCAGAAAGUUCUCACCGUGAACAUCAGCGAAUGCGGAGUUUCCAUCAGAAAACGCGCCGCUAACGAGUCAGACGACGUGCGUCUUUAUUUCCCAAUGUCAUCCUUUAUCUAUCAUUUUUCAGAAAACGUGCGGAUUGGGAUGGACGUGCUCGAACUGCGAUCAGAGAAUCGAGAGCUGGUGGUACAGACACCAUUUGGGCAUCGAGAAAUCACCAUGA